AUGGCUGAUUCGGUUGCGCAUACGGGGUCACGCGACUCGGAUAAGAAGUUCGAGGCCGGAGAGAAGUACCAAGCCGAGCAAAUCGAGGAACAAAGGAAUUAUGCUGGAGCACGUCCAACAACAGGGCAGAAGGUCAAGAGGCACUGUGGACGAUUCUGGUGGUUGCAUCUCCUUAUUUUUUGCAUCGUCUUCCUAAUUAUUGCGCUAUGUCUGGUAUACGUCGCCAUGCCAAAAAUCGCUCAACAUGGCGUCAACGAAUCAUCGAUCGAAUUCACUGACAUUCAGUUCCUCUCCCCAACCAGCGACAGUAUUGUCAUAACUCAGAAAGCCAUUCUACACUCACCAUCUAUGUACACUCCGACUCUCGACCCUUUCAAUGCCUCCCUCUACCUCGUCACCAACGGCACCUUUGCCGCCUCACCAAUGAUCAUUCUACCCAUGCCACGGAUUCAUGCACUGCAUCCGCAGAGCAAUGCUAGCAUCGAUAACCAGAAUACGACGAUCGUUGACCUGGAUCAGGUGACGGAGUAUGCGACAACGGUGCUGACCAAUGAGACGGUUACGACGGCACUCACUGGAAGAACGAAACUCCAUGAGGGAAAGUUGCCAGUCAAUUGGGUUAAUUAUAACUCGAGCACGACUUAUUUGGGCUUGAAUGGUUUGAAGGGAUUCAAUGUCACAGGCGUCACCUUGAAUCUUUCUGCGCCAUCAGGUCAGCCAAACUUACAAGGCUUUGCCUUUAUUCCUAAUCCGUCUGUGCUGACGGUAGCUAUGGGAAAUGUAACACUCUCCCUCUCCACCGAGAAAGCCGGCGUUGUGGGCAUUUCAACCGUGCCAGAUAUGACCAUCCGACCAGGAAACAACUCUUUACCUAUGACGGCAGUCUUGAAUCAAACCGCAAUUGUCUCCUCUCUUGAUACCAGCGGAAAGGUUAAUGUCACCAUCACCGGAACAAGUUCGGUUUAUAAUGGGGAGCAUUUGAGUUAUUAUGAGAAAGCUCUUGCGAGUAAUGUGUUGGUCUUGGAGAUGAAUGUGUUGCAGAUCUUAAGCGAUAGUGCUGCUGCAGCUAUAUCGUAA